GCCUUGGAAACGAGGCUUUUCCGGCUGCUCCGGGGGAGGGGCCAAGAUGGCAGAGGAGAAGGCGCCGACGACAACUCAGUUUCCUGGGACGAUAGAACCUCAAAAACCUCGCUUGAAAAAAGAAGAUGGUUUAGCUGAAAAAGAGCCACAUCUGGGGCCCCUACAAGAUGUAAAAGGAAAUGCAGCAGGAGCCAGGCCAGACCAAUUCGUGGGAGCAGUAAGGGCCAGCAUAGAAGAAGCCAUCCUACAUAGCACAGCUGCAGAAAGCAGUACCCUUGACCAGUUGAUGAUAACUACAUACAGAGAGGAGCCCUUCUCAUAUUUGGAACUAGGAAAGAGGCACAUGACAAGCAGACAAGCUGAUAACAGGGAUUUAGCCACACAAAGCAACUUCCAGCAUAUAUACUUGGCCCCAGAGUUUCCCAUCUUGGAGAAGCAGAACUGGUUGAUACAUCUUCAUUAUAUCCGCAAAGACUAUGCAGCAUGCAAGGCUCUUAUCAAAGAACAGCUUCAGGAGACUCAAGGGUUGUGUGAAUAUGCCAUCUAUGUCCAAGCUUUAAUGUAUCGCCUUGAAGGGAAUAUCCAAGAAUCCCUAGAACUCUUUCAGUCUUGUGCUGUUCUCAAUCCUCAGAAUGCUGACAACCUCAAGCAGGUGGCCAGGUCCUUAUUUCUUUUGGGGAAACAUAAAGCUGCUAUCGAAGUGUAUAAUGAAGCAGCUAAACUUAACCAGAAAGAUUGGGAGAUCUGCCAUAACUUAGGAGUUUGCUACAUGUACCUGAAGCAUUUCAACAAGGCAAAAGACCAGUUGCACAGUGCUCUGCAGCUCAACAGACAUGACCUGACUUACAUAAUGUUGGGAAAAAUCCAUCUGCUGGAGGGGGAGCUGGAGAAGGCCAUUGACAUCUAUAAGAAGGCAGUGGAGUUCUCACCGGAAAAUACAGAACUUCUUACAACCUUAGGACUACUUUAUUUACAGCUUGGCAUUUACCAGAAGGCAUUUGAACAUCUUGGAAACGCGUUGACUUUUGACCCUACCAACUACAAGGCCAUCUUAGCAGCAGGCAGCAUGAUGCAGACCCACGGCGACUUUGAUGUUGCCCUCACCAAAUACAGAGUCAUGGCAUAUUCUGUGCCUGAAAGUCCUCCAUUAUGGAACAACAUUGGAAUGUGCUUCUUUGGCAAGAAGAAGUAUGUUGCAGCCAUCAGCUGCUUGAAAAGAGCCAAUUACUUGGCACCGUUUGACUGGAAGAUCCUGUACAACUUGGGGCUUGUUCACCUGACCAUGCAGCAGUAUGCAUCUGCCUUCCACUUCCUCAGCGCUGCUAUCAACUUCCAGCCCAAGAUGGGGGAGCUUUACAUGCUCUUGGCAAUUGCUCUGACCAAUCUGGAUGAUAGCGAGAAUGCCAGUCGAGCCUAUGCGGAAGCGGUCGCCCUUGAUCAGUCUAACCCUCUAGUCAAUCUGAAUUAUGCUGUGCUGCUGUACAAUCAGGGAGAGAAGAAGAAGGCUCUGGCCCAAUACCAGGAGAUGGAGAAGAAAGUCACCCUGCUAAAGGGGAGCAGCUCUUUGGAUUUUGACCCUGAGAUGGUGGAGAUGGCUCAGAAAAUGGGUGCAGCUCUUCAAGUUGGAGAAGCACUGGUCUGGACUAAACCAGUUAAAGAUCUCAAAUCAAGGCAUCGAACAACUUCAGCCAACAAAUCAUCCAAUUUACAACAGCCCUUGGGUUCCAACCAAGCUCUAGGGCAAGCCAUGUCUUCGGCAGCUGGGUUUGGGAAAACCACCCAGCUUCCUGCAGGUGCAGGAGGAGCAUCUCAGUUUUCAAAGCCUCCCUCCCUCCCUCUGGAGCCAGAGGCAGAUCCAGCUGAAGCGAUAAGCUCUGAGGUCCAAGAACAAAGAGAGACACAGAAAAGCAGUCUGGCCCCAGAAUAAAGAUGUCUCCUUAGAAAGAAAGCGGAGGAUUUGGAAAGAGCAGGAUGGGUACAAUCACAGCAGAUUGGCAUCCUGUGAUGACAGCCUUUAGCUAUGUGGCCUGACUCACCUGUAUCUCCAUGGAAAUUCUGACUCUGAGGCUGGGCAGUGCAGCAACCACUUGAUUUCUGACCAACUGUUAGAACAGCUGCCCUCCAGGCCCAGCUUAGCAAGUGUCCCAGCCUCACCUGCCCCAGGGGAAUCUGGAACAUGGCUCUGAGCUCAGGUCAGCUUCUUAAACAGUCAAAGAAUCGAGAGCUUAGAUCACGUCAUCCCUGGCUACUGAAUCAGCAGCAGCAGCUCUUGCUGAGUGAAAAGGAAGAGCUGCUCAGUCUCAGUUUUUAUUUAAGGCAAUCACUGACUAUCACCUAUUUGUAUAUUCUUUAUAGAAUAAAGAUUAUGUAUUGUCA